UAUGUUCCAAAAUCAGCAGCAAGAAGGGGCAAAUCAAGAGGGAGAACAAAACGAGGAAAAUCAAAAUUCUGAUCAAAACUCCUCUCCUUUCACCACCAAACUCCAACGUAGAAUUGCAUUUAUCAACCUCUACAACUGUAGAAUGGAAUAUAACAACUUAACUCCAGCAACCAGAAAUGUGUUCGAAAGGGCUGUUGAAUUGGUCAAGUCUAAAUAUUUUUGGAAUUCGAAGACUGAAUUAAAGAGUGAAAGUAGCUUGAAUCCCGAGAAUGGAAAGGUAUACUGUACCCUCUCUAUCGACUCUUUAACCCAAAACCAUGCCAACAUUACCCUCAUGACACCAGAACAAAUUGUCCAUUUGCAACAGAUUGAAAUGCCCUUCAAGCUUCGUCCUUUUUCUCUAAGACGUCGAAAUGUACAGAGCAUCCAGUCUUUCGACCAGUUCUACUCUCAACAAGAAAUUAAAAAUCGUGCAGAGUGUUCGGUUGAUGGAAGGAUUGUUCGGACUUUCGACGGAAAGAGAUACAAGGCUCCACUCUCCACCAGCUGUUAUUCUGUUGUCGCCAAAGAUUGCGGUAGAAUGAUUCAUAUUCCCGAUUUCGUAGUUAUGAUGAUGUCUACUGGAGAAGAUUCUAGUCAUUUUAGUCAAAAGGCAAAUUUAAAAAAUUCAAAAAAAAAUUAAAAUCAUUUAAAAAUAGAAACUGAAAAUUCUUACACCUGGCCAAAGCGUCGAAUGUCAACAUGAAACAACCGCAAGCCGUAAAAUUGUGUGUAAAAUCAACGGACGCUAUUUGAACGAAAAUAAUGAGAACAACCUUGUGGAGUACAACA